CCAAUCACAAAGCAGCUCAGCUCUAUAAAUAAACAGCGGCUGACCUACUUGAGCUCACUUUUUGUGUUUGGAGAUUUUUUUUUUAUUUAGUUGGUUCUCUCAGUGAUCAUGUCUGAAACGGCGCCUGCUGUUGCUGUUACGGCCGCGGCUCCUGCUGUAACUUCGAAAGCUCCGGCUAAGAAGACGAAGAAAGCGGGAGCGGCGAAAGCGCGCAAGGCGGCGGGUCCCAGCGUCACCGAGCUGAUCACUAAGGCGGUGGCCGCUUCCAAGGAGCGCAAAGGGGUGUCUCUGGCUGCUCUGAAGAAAGCCUUGGCCGCUGGGGGCUACGAUGUGGAGAAGAACAACAGCCGCAUCAAACUGGGUCUGAAGAGCCUGGUGAGCAAAGGUACCCUGGUGCAUACGAAGGGAAUCGGUGCUUCCGGCUCUUUCAAACUCGGCAAGAAAUCGGGCGAAGGGAAAGAGAAGGCGCCCAAAAAGAAAGCAGCUAAGCCUAAGAAGCCGGUGGCCAAGAAGCCCGCGAGUGGCAUCAAGAAGCCCAAAAAGGCAGCGGCGGCCAAGAAGAGUCCGAAGAAACCCAAAAAGCCCGCGGCGGCUAAGAAGGCCACCAAGAGCCCCAAAAAGGCUAAACCGGUCAAGCCCAAGAAAGUCGCCAAAAGCCCGGCCAAAGCGAAGGCUGUGAAGCCGAAGACGGCCAAGACCAAGACCAAGCCUAAGGCGGCCAAAGCGAGGAAGGCGGCGCCCAAGAAGAAGUAAAUCCAGACUUGGCCCGUGGUUGCUUUUCUAAAAACCCAAAGGCUCUUUUAAGAGCCACCCACAGAAUCCAAAAGAGAGCUGUUGUCCGCUCAGUAAAACACUA